AUGGCUUCGACAUCUAGCAAGAUCGGCCAUGGCCUGGCGAAAGUGCUUGGGAUCAAACUGGAUUACCGCAAUGAGACCGGCGCGCCCAACAAACUCACUCGCGGCGAAUCCGUCUUCUCCGUCGACAGCGCCGACAGCUAUGUCGAGGCGGAACCCACCACCCUCGACUGGUUCAAAGACGUCCUUCCGACGCCUCGCGAGAUUGGAACAUACGGUCGCAAUCUUUUUCCCUUCACACGCUGGAUCAUGAGAUACAAUCUGCAAUGGCUGUAUGGAGAUCUGGUCGCCGGCAUCACCGUCGGCGCUGUUGUCGUGCCGCAGAGCAUGGCCUACGCGAAGCUGGCACUGCUCCCGGUCGAAUACGGAUUAUACUCGUCGUUCAUGGGAGUGCUCAUCUACUGGUUCUUUGCUACCUCGAAGGAUAUUACCAUCGGUCCCGUCGCCGUCAUGUCGACCAUUGUCGGCAAUGUCGUGGCCAAAGUCACAAAAGAAAACCCAGACCUCGAGCCUCACGUCGUUGCAUCGGCCCUUGCCGUUCUCGCGGGCGCAAUCGUCUGUGCCCUGGGUCUUGCACGUCUGGGUUGGCUCGUCGAGUUAAUCUCGCUGUCCGCCAUCUCGGCUUUCAUGACUGGCUCGGCCAUCAACAUUUCCGCCGGACAAGUCGCGAAUUUGCUGGGAUUGCAAACAACAUCAUCGAAACCUCCCGGAUUUCUCAACACUCGCGAUUCAACAUAUCUGGUCAUCAUCAACUCUUUCCGAGCGCUGCCCACCGCGAAGCUCGAUGCCGCUUUGGGUCUGACUGCAUUAUUCAUGCUCUAUGCCAUCCGAUCGGGAUUCAAUUUCCUGGCGAGGAGGCAGCCCAACCACAAGAAGCUUUGGUUCUUCAUGAGCACGCUCCGUACGGCGUUCGUAAUCCUGCUGUACACACUCAUCAGUUGGCUCUGCAACUUGAACCUCCCGGACCACAACGCUGCCAAGUCGCCAUUCCGCAUUCUCGGCUCCGUCCCUCGAGGUUUCCGCCACGCCGGUGUUCCAACAGUCAAUUCGAGCAUCAUCAAAUUGUUUGCGUCGGAACUGCCGGCCUCCGUCAUCGUCCUCCUCAUCGAGCACAUCUCCAUCGCAAAAUCGUUCGGACGAGUUAAUAACUACACAAUCGACCCUUCGCAAGAGCUUGUUGCUAUUGGUGUGAGCAACCUGCUCGGGCCAUUCCUCGGCGCCUACCCGGCGACAGGAUCAUUCUCCCGCACUGCUAUCAAGUCCAAAGCUGGUGUGCGCACUCCCUUUGCCGGUGUCAUCACCGCGCUUGUGGUUCUCCUUGCAAUCUAUGCCCUCCCCGCUGUCUUCUUCUACAUUCCCAAUGCGGCUCUUUCCGCUGUCAUCAUCCACGCCGUCGGAGAUCUCAUCACUCCACCCAACACCGUCUACCAGUUCUGGCGCAUUGCUCCGAUUGAAGUCGUCAUCUUCUUCGCCGGUGUCAUCGUCACCAUUUUCACCAGCAUCGAAAUCGGCGUCUACGUCACGGUCACCACCUCCAUGGCCGUGUUCCUCUUCCGCGUAUUCAAAGCCCAAGGUCGCUUCCUUGGUCGCGUCAAGGUUCACUCGGUCAUCGGCGAUCAUCUCACGGACGGCGACGAUAACAAGCCAGCCACCACCCGCAUUGGCGCUGACAACGACCCAAACACAUCCGCUCGCAACAUUUUCCUUCCCAUCAAUCACAAGGACGGCUCCAAUCCUUCUAUCAAGGCUCAGCACCCGUACCCCGGUGUCUUCAUCUACCGCUUUUCCGAAGCCUUCAACUACCCCAACGCAAAUCACUAUCUCGACUACCUCACCCAAGUCAUCUUCGCCGAAACUCGCCGCACAAACGCCAACUCCUUCGCCCGCCCAGGUGAUCGGCCGUGGAACGACCCGGGUCCGAAGAGGGGCCAGGAGCACCUCAUCGAGUCCGAUCCCCGCCCAACACUCAAAGCCAUCAUCCUCGACUUUUCCUCCGUCAACAAUGUCGACAUCACUUCCGUACAGAACCUCAUCGACGUUCGCAACCAACUCGACCGCUACACCGACCCAGAACGAGUCCAGUGGCACUUCGCCUGCAUCAACAACCGCUGGACCAAGAGAGCCCUGGUCUCCGCUGGCUUCGGAUACCCGUCCUUCUCCGACGACACCGCCCCCGGUUUCGAGCGCUGGAAACCAAUCUUCUCCGUCGCCGAACUCGGCGGCUCCUUCUCCGCCGCCGCCACCGCCGAGGAACGUCAGAACAAAGACCUCGUUCGUCAGCGUACCCGGGAUCUCGAGGAGAGUCGCCACGGUGGGACGAACCACGGACAUGACGAAGACAGCAUCGAGCGCCAUUCCGACUCCGGCUCCAGCGAAAACGACAUCGACAAGCAGCUGCAGAAGAGCGAUGCGUAUGGCGUUCACGGCGGCGGGAGCAAUGAGGGAAUGCUGAGGGUCGCGGUCGUGCAGGGUUUGAACAGGCCAUUCUUCCAUAUUGAUUUGACGAGUGCGGUGCAGAGUGCUGUGCAUAAUAUCGAGGCGCAUGGGAACGAGGGACGGAAGAGUGGAGAUGGCUUGAAGGCGCUGUAG